AUGAGUGGACAGGGGCCAUACUUCGGCCAGGCGGGAUGGUUCGCCCAUCUUCACCAUGAAGACCUGCCCUCUGCCCGAAACCGCUAUCUUGAUGAGACCCAUCGCAUUCUAGGAGUGCUAAACGGCCUACUAGAGAGAAAGCAGUGGCUUGUUGGAGAUAAGUGUACCUUUGCUGAUCUUGCUUUUCUGCUUGGGAAUUGCCGUCUGAACAUGUUCCUGGGCGCGGACCCAUUGGAAAAAAAUACCCUAAUGUCCUCUCCUGGCACCAGCGCAUGGAAUCGCGCCCGGCUUGGAAGCGAUCUAUGA